AUGAAGUACAAGUAUAAACCGUUGUGGAGAGAUUUGCGCUCUAGUUUGAAGUCCCGAUCAAGAGAAUAUUUCUUAGAGAAUAGUUUACACGGCGUCCCAUAUUUUGUGGACUCGACACGGCCCAAAUGGGAAAGAAUUACGUGGUUUCUUUUAACAGUACUUUCGAUAGUAGCAAUCAUUGCUAUAAUCGAAACCUUUUUGAAUAAAUUUCAAACAGAGCCAACUAUAACAGGAUUGGAUGUAACGACAGAGCAUAUAGAUAUUGAAUUCCCUCAAACGUUUAUUUGCUUCGACUGGUUUCACCUGAAUCAUUCGUAUAUACGUGAGGAUGAAAUACAUAUGUACGAACAAUUGUACAAUUGGACUUUAGGAAAAAAUAUUAACUUAACAUGGUCUAAUAUGAUUUACGCAAGCAAGAACGAUUUUCGUAGAAUUUUGCCAAUGAUGGCACCUGAUUGUGAUUAUUUUAUCAAAGAUUGCAUGUACAGGGGAAUAAACAUAUCAUGUGGUCAAAUAUUUACAAAACGGCUUACACCUGUGGGUGCAUGCUGUAGGUCGAAAAGCUUAGAACCACUUCAAAUUAUGGAUGCUUCGUGGAAUCUUGAGUUUAAGAUUGCAAAUUCAAAUUUUCCCUUAAGGCUUUAUAUUACUCAAUAUAGUUAUUCAGGUCCAACACCUGGCGAGAGACCUGCAAUAAAAACGUACUUUCCUGUUGAUAUUGAAUUUAGUGCUGAAAUAACAUAUGCAACAUCAGACAUUCGCUACUUACUCCUUGGGCAACGAAAGUGCUAUUACAAACAAGAGGGUGUAAGUUUAAAUGAUUGCGAAAUAAAUUGUUUCAGGGAUAAGCUACUUGCACAAUGUGAGUGUCUACCAUGGUAUUUAUCAUUCGUCGAUAAAACAGAAUGUACACUUUCGAAAUACGCUUGCUUAAAUAAUGUCAUUAUCGACGUGACUCAGUGUAAUUGUUAUCUUUCUUGCGAUCAUACAUCAUAUAGGAUAAAAGGUAUAAAAAAAUCAUCAAAAAAUGUGUCUCGAAUUAUGUUAAGAAAUUGGCCAACAGCUCUUUACAAAAGGGAAAUGCGAUUUGGUUAUUUAGAUUUACUUGUAUCGUUCGGUGGUAUUGCAAGCCUUUUCUUGGGAUAUUCUUUACUGUCCUCUGUAGAAUUCGGAUAUUAUUUUAGUCUUAGAGCUUACUGCGGAGCUGUAGUUCAAUCUUCUCGAAAACAGUACAAUAUUGUAACUGUUCAUGUGGUAGAAAAACUUCCAAGCACAGUAGAUUCUAAUCUAAAGUAUUAUCAGUAUAUUGAUUAA